AUGAACUCCAAAAAUUCUCUAAUCAAAAACUACAGUCAAAUUCCAACAUUUAUUAAAACACUUAAUAACUUUAAAACAGUUAGAAUAAGAUCUCUUAAAAAUUUGUCCAUCUAACCUGUGCCUAAAAAAUCUCUAUUCACUAACUUUUCCAAACCAAACACAAAAUUUAACUCUCCCAUAAAAAAUAAAGAAAACCUUAUGGCAAAAUAGAAUGAUUUAAUAAUAAAUGGAAUUGAUUCAGAUUCUCUGCAUUUUUCCUAUUCACCCUCAUCCUGCAAAAAAAUUCAAUAUUAAAAACAAGUCUUUAAUAGAAAACUCAAAUAGACCUCUAAACUUGACUAAAAAACUAAGCAAUUAUGCAAUAUAUAUUUAGAAAGACCAAAAAGUAAAAUGAACAAUCUUUUCUAAAACCAAGUAAAUUAACCAAUUAUAAGAAUAAGAUGA